AUGGUGGAAAGUUAUCUUUGCUUGAUGCUGAGUGGAAAGAUUCAUGGCAUUGACCUGAGCAAAUUGGUACCCAUAGAAGAAGAGGUCGAGGUCGUGGAAGAUCACUACUACUCAGAGGAGUAUUGGGAAUGGAGCAGACCGCCGCCUCCUCCACUACCACCACCUUCGUCCUUCGAUUUCACAAUAGAUCUUCCAUCUUGGGACAUGCAAUUAUUCUCUUUGGAUUCUAAGAUUUUUUUAGUUGGUGGCUCCGACGACAACAACCAACCUUGCUACCAAAUCUACGAAUUUCAAUGUAAUGUCGUUGCCACCGCCGCCGCCGACGACGGCGGGAAUAAAAAGGCAGAGUUAAAUCCGUGCGAGUCAAUUUCAAAAGUGCCGGCAUACAUUGACUUUUAUAAUUCCCAUAUUGCUUGUGUUUCCGGUGAAGCUUACUUUCUUACAUUCAACGACGAAGAAUGGUGUUUUUGGGUUCUCCGGCGUUGUGGCGGCGAGUGGGAACGCUUGCCGCUUAAUACUCUCCUGGAGACUCAAGAUUCCUUGCGUGUUUACCAUGGUUGCCAGAUUCAAAGGUCACAAUGGCUCUAUUACGACAAAAGGCUAUUUCUUCCUUCAUGGGUUCAAGAUUAUAAUAAUUCCGAACGUGUUUUGUGUUGUUUCGACAUACAAACUCGGCAAUGGACAAUGGAAGAAUUUGACUGCUUCACUUCUUUCCAUUUAUGUUUAAACGAUGAAGAUGGACUGCCAUUGGUGCCCUCUCUAUUAGUGUCCACUGUUACAGGUCUUGAAGACUACACGAACUAUAGUGUGAUGCUUUCAUACUCACUCUCAAAGUCGAAAAGAGAUGCAUGUUUCACUGCUGAAAAUUAUCCAUCACGAAUACUCGCGAUAACAAAGAUAUUUGCUAUGUUGGUAAAUCGAAAUGGAGUCUGUGUCUAUCAAAGAAUCAGCACUUACCUUUUAUUUAAGAAAAUCAAACCCUAUUUUACGAGUGUAAAAGAAAUUUUCUUUGUUGAUCUUGGCGAAGGCAAAACGUGUGCCAUGCUCUUUGGCUUUGCACUUCAAGAUGGAACCAAGAAAAUAAAAAACAUCGUCCUUUGCGUUUCGAUCUUUACUCUUACCUUAAAGGAUGAGUUCGACAUCACUACUGCUAAUCAUGUUGAAUCGUGGAAUCAGGAGCAAAGAUUCUUAUCUGUUCGUGUUCUGAGCAGUCAUGUCUACACCAUUAAAGAGAACUUGGAAGCCAUGGAUUAUGAUGCUGACAUUCAACAACUUAGAAAUUUCAGAGAAAUUGAAGAUGAGAAAGGUUCUGUUUCGGCAUCUCUUGUAGAAUAUAGUGCUAGAACUCUUGCUGAGAAGACAUUGGUAUCCAAAGACAAGAAACUGAAAAUGGAAAGAGAUGAAGUAGUUAAAAUUAAGAUCAUCCCUCCACCUGGCUGUGGGAAGAAAAUCUAUGAAAUUGAUCCACUUUUGCUCACUCACCGCGACCAUUUUGAUUUCCGUUUCGGACAAUACUUGAGAUUGCAAGAGGAUAUCGAGAAGCAUGAAGGUGGCCUAGAUCCAUUUUCUCGCGGCCAUGAAAAUUUUGGCUUUAGGCAAAGUGUCACAGGAAUUACUUAUAGAGAAUGGGCACCAGGAGCUAAGUCAGCAGCAUUAAUUGGAGACUUCAACAAUUGGAAUCCAAAUGCUGCUGUAAUGACUCGGAAUGAAUUUGGUGUGUGGGAGAUCUUCUUGCCGAACAAUGCAGAUGGUUCGCCACCAAUUCCUCAUGGAUCUCGAGUCAAGAUUCGCAUGAAUACUCAAUCCGGCAUGAAGGACUCUAUUCCUGCUUGGAUAAAGUAUUGUGUACAAGCCAAAGGUGAAAUUCCAUAUAAUGGUAUUUACUAUGAUCCACCAGAUGAGGAAAGAUAUGUCUUCAAGCAUCCACAGCCAAAGAAACCGAAAUCACUUAGGAUUUACGAGUCACAUGUUGGAAUGAGUAGUCCGGAACCUAAAAUCAACACAUAUGCCAAUUUUAGAGACGAUGUACUACCUCGGAUUAAAAGGCUGGGUUAUAAUGCUGUCCAGAUUAUGGCUAUCCAAGAACAUUCUUAUUAUUCUAGUUUCGGCUAUCAUGUUACAAAUUUCUUUGCACCUAGCAGCCGUUUUGGAACUCCUGAAGAACUCAAGUCUUUGAUAGACAGAGCACAUGAACUAGGCCUGCUUGUUCUAAUGGAUAUUGUACAUAGCCAUGCAUCAAACAACACAUUGGAUGGACUGAACAAGUUUGAUGGAACUGACAGUCAUUACUUUCAUCCCGGGUCACGAGGUCAUCAUCCGAUAUGGGAUUCUCGCCUUUUUAACUAUGGAAGCUGGGAAGUGCUAAGGUUUCUACUCUCAAAUGCAAGAUGGUGGCUAGAAGAAUACAAGUUUGAUGGGUUUCGAUUCGACGGUGUCACAUCAAUGAUGUACACUCAUCAUGGAUUGCAGGCGUCUUUUACAGGAAAUUACAGUGAGUAUUUCGGAUAUUCAACUGAUGUUGAUGCUGUAGUUUACUUGAUGCUGGUUAAUGAUAUUAUCCAUGGACUCUUCCCUGAGGCCGUUACGAUUGGCGAAGAUGUAAGUGGAAUGCCAACACUCUGCAUUCCUACUCAAGAUGGAGGAGUUGGAUUCGAUUAUCGGCUACACAUGGCGAUUGCUGACAAAUGGAUCGAGCUUCUCAAGAAGAAAGAUGAAGACUGGAAAAUGGGUGAUAUCAUUCACACACUCACAAACAGAAGGUGGUCCGAAAAAUGUGUAGCUUAUGCAGAGAGUCAUGACCAAGCCUUGGUUGGAGACAAGACGAUCGCUUUUUGGUUGAUGGACAAGGAUAUGUAUGACUUUAUGGCUUUGGACGGACCAUCUACGCCGGUUAUAGAUCGCGGCAUUGCCUUACAUAAAAUGAUUAGGCUUAUUACAAUGAGCCUUGGUGGUGAAGGAUACUUGAACUUUAUGGGGAAUGAAUUUGGCCACCCUGAGUGGAUUGAUUUUCCAAGGGAAGCUCAAUAUCGUCCCGAUGGAACCGUAAUUCCUGGGAACAACAACAGUUUUGAUAAAUGCAGGCGAAGAUUCGACUUGGGGGAUGCAGAAUAUCUAAGAUACUGGGGGAUGCAAGAAUUUGACAAGGCCAUGCAGCAUCUUGAAGAAAGAUUUGAGUUCAUGACAUCAAAGCACCAAUAUAUAUCGCGAAAAAAUGAAGGCGACAAGAUCAUAGUAUUCGAAAAGGGUAACCUUGUCUUUGUCUUCAAUUUUCAUUGGACCAACAGCUAUUCAGAUUAUAGAGUUGGAUGCUCAAAGGCAGGGAAAUACAAGAUUGUGUUGGAUUCAGAUGAUCCCUUGUUUGGUGGAUUCAAUAGGCUCAAUCACACUGCUGAAUAUUUUGCUUCUGAAGGAUGGUACGACGACCGACCUUGUUCCUUUCUAGUGUAUACACCUUCUAGAACAGGAGUGGUGUAUGCUUUUGCAGAUGAAUAACCAGAUCAAAUAGCACAAAGAGAAUUGAGCUAAAGAGGAACAUUAAUCUAUAUACAAAUUUCCCAAAAUUUUGUACAUGUCUUUCAACUUGCUAGUCAUAUUUAUAUAUAGAACACCUUUUUAUUUUUUAUUUUUGUUAGGAUUUGAUGACCUUUGUAAAUUGUGUUGCAUUAGAAAAGUUUUGUAGCAAUGGAAGCAUUUUUAUAUUGUUACUGAGGCAAUUAGUUUACUUAGCUAGAAAAUUAUACCAUUUUACCA